AUGGUGACCGAGGCGACCGAGGCCUUUCCACGAUUCAGGGAACUACCCCCCGAACUACGGAUCAUGAUCUGGGAGCAAGCGAUAACCAGUCCCACCGUCUGGAGCAUUCAGCUGGAUCCUCUGCCCCUCGACGGCCCGCCGAACCCCAAUCCCCCGUGUCUCGGGAGCAAAUUCAUCGGUCCGAUCGGCCAUGGUGCCAACACAGAUCGACUGCUUGCCUGGAUCUGCCCGGCGACGACGGUGGUGUUUCUCGGCGCAUGCUCCCCCGCGAUUGACCGGCUGAGAAAUUUCCACGCGGAAGACGCCGCAAAGUUCCUGCAUGUCGCGUUAGACUGGUAUUUUCCAGCUUUUAACGACCUUACGAGUCUCUUCGACGUAUGCGCCGAGUUGGCCCCUACAUGCAAGGCGCUGGAGACGCUCAUUGUCGGACGGGUGGACGCCAGCUCGGCUACCACUCAAGAGCCACUCCCACCCAGCAUGGCGGCGCUCUACGCCCGCCUGUCGCAGGAUCCGGGACCAAUCACGGACAUCGAAAAGAUACAAGACGACGACUAUCGGGAGGCCCUCCUGCGGUUGUUCCCCGUUCCGUCCCCGAAAUUGCACGUCGUGGGGUACCGCGGCCCUGGUUCGCCUUCAGGGUCCCUGCUGCGGCCGACGGAACUAUGGGGUUGCGUAGUCCGGACGAAAGCUUAA